ACGAUUUGAUGAAAUGGAAAGACACCUUCGUUUCUUUAAUGCUCAGGUUGAAAAGUCCGAUAUUCCAGUUCGUCCUUUAACCGGCGAUGUAUCUAGUGCACGUGUGAGAAAUGCUCAAGAGGUCGAUGAUCUCGAGGAAAAAAUAAGUGAACACGAACGUCGUAUUACACAAAUGAACAGCUCACAUGAAACUUUACAAAAAAGAUAUUUAGAAUUAACGGAGGCUAGACAUGUGCUCAAAGAAACUGCUGUCUUCUUCGAAGAGGCAGUAUCUCGUCAAGAUAAUAUUCGUCAAUCUUUUGAUGAACCUAGCGUCCCUUUACUUGAUCAAGACGUUGAACAAGGCGCUGCUCCUACUACCAAUCAAGAAAAUGUAGGAUUUCAACAGAACCUCGGAUUCGUUACCGGUGUAAUCUCCAGAGCAAAAAUGCAAACCUUCGAGCGAAUCCUUUGGCGAGCUUUACGUGGUAACUUAUAUCUGAAUUACGCAGAGAUCGAUGAACCGAUUACUGAUCCCGAAACCGAUGAAACACUUGAGAAGAAUGUGUUUAUUAUAUUUGCUCACGGAAAAGAAAUUUUGAAUAAAAUAAGGAAAAUUUCAGAGUCAUUAGGUGCAACACUUUAUCCUGUAGACGAUAGUUCAGAUAAAAGGCGAGAAAGUUUAUUGGAGGUUACUGCACGAAUCGAAGAUUUAAAUUCUGUGCUACAAAAUACUAAUAAUACUAGGAGAGCUGAAUUGGUAAAGGUGGCUGAUGAUCUUACAGCUUGGAGUACUAUUAUUAAAAAGGAGAAAGCUAUUUAUCAUACAAUGAAUCUUUUCAACUAUGAUGUAAAUCGUAAAUGCUUGAUUGCUGAGGGUUGGUGUCCUAAAAAUGAUAUUAAUCAAGUCCAUCAAGCACUUAGGAAUGCAACUGAUGCUUCAGGUUCCACAGUGCCAUCCAUCCUGAAUGAAUUACGUACUACAAAAGAACCACCCACUUUCCAUCGUGUCAAUAAGUUUACGGUUGGCUUCCAAGAAAUUGUUGAUGCGUACGGUGUGGCUAGAUAUCGUGAAGUUAAUCCUGGAUUAUUUACCAUUAUUACUUUCCCGUUCCUCUUUGCUGUGAUGUUUGGUGAUUUUGGUCAUGGUAUCUUAGUUACGUUAGCGGCUUUAUAUUUCGUAAUUUUCGAGAAAAAGCUUGCUAAUUCUGGAAAGGGAGAA